AAAAAAAAAAAGAAGUUUGCGUUGAGUCUUUUGUUUGUCACCUUCUUUCUCAGCAUUUUCACUUUCCCCUUCAAAAUUCCAAUUAGGGUUUUCAGAAAACCCCUUUUUCUUUCCCUUAAAUAGAAACAGUGAAGAAGAAGAAGAAAAAGAAGGGCUUUUUCUUCAAUUGACUCUUGUUUCUUCUUCUGUGAGAUGUUUUCUUCUACUUUUAAUUUCAAAUGGAUUUCAUUCACUCAAUUCAACUUCUUCUUUUUCUUCUUUCUUCUUUUCUUUUCUUCUCUAAACGACGCCGUUUCACUCUCUUCCGACAAAUCAACUCUUCUCCGUUUCAAAUAUUCUCUCUCCGACCCCGCCGGUGUACUCUCUUCAUGGAACUCCACCGCCGGUGACGGUGACUCCGGUUACUGUUCCUGGUUUGGCGUUCUCUGUGAUUCAAGAUCGCGUGUAGUUGCUCUCAACAUCACCGGAAACGGUGGUGGCGUUGAUUCCGGUGGUGGUGACCGGAGUUCUCACCCGUGCUCCGGUUUUAGUAAGUUUCCGCUUUAUGGAUUUGGAAUUAGGAGAAGCUGUGUGGGUUUUAAGGGUUCUUUAUUUGGAAAGUUUCCAUCUUUGAUCAGUGAGUUAACUGAGCUUAGGGUUUUGUCUUUACCCUUUAAUGGGUUGGAUGGUUCAAUUCCUGAAGAGAUUUGGAGUAUGGAGAAACUUGAGGUUCUUGAUUUAGAAGGUAAUUUGAUUAGUGGUUAUCUUCCUUUUCGUGUUCGAGGAUUGAAAAAAUUGAGGAUUUUGAAUUUGGGGUUUAAUAAGAUUGUUGGAGUUGUACCUAGUGUUUUAUCUUCUCUUGAUAGUUUAGAGGUUUUGAAUUUAGCUUCAAAUGGUUUGAAUGGUUCUGUUCCUGGUUUUGUUGGGAAACUUAGAGGGGUGUAUUUGUCUUUUAAUCAAUUCAGUGGUGUUAUUCCUAAGGAGAUUGGUGAAAAUUGUGGGAAGCUUGAGCAUUUGGAUUUGUCUGGUAACUCUUUAGUUCAAGCAAUUCCGAAAAGUUUGGGGAGUUGUGGUGUUUUGAGGACACUUUUGUUGUAUUCAAAUUUGUUGGAAGAGGAUAUUCCUACUGAAUUUGGGAACCUUAAGAGCCUUGAGGUGCUGGAUGUUUCGAGGAAUACGCUUAGCGGUUCUAUUCCUCACGAGCUUGGAAAUUGUAAGGAGCUUUCUGUUGUUGUGCUGUCCAACCUUUUCGAUCCAGUUGAGGAUGUUGGAUUUGUUUCUUUGAGUGAUGAGUUUAAUUAUUUUGAAGGUGCAAUGCCUGAGGAAAUUGUGUCGCUUCCCAAGCUUAGGAUUUUGUGGGCUCCCAUGGUGAAUUUGGAGGGAAGUUUUCCUAAUAGUUGGGGUGCUUGUGGGGAGUUGGAGAUGGUUAAUUUGGCUCAGAAUUUCUUCACCGGAGAGUUCCCAAACCGGCUUGUUUUCUGUAAGAAGCUGCAUUUUCUUGAUCUGAGCUCUAACAAUCUUACUGGGGAGCUUUCUGAGGAACUUCAUGUUCCAUGUAUGACUGUGUUUGAUGUUAGUGGAAACAUGUUGUCUGGUUCAGUUCCUGAUUUCUCCAACAAUGUUUGUUCUCCCUUUCCUUCCUGGAGUAGGUAUCCAUUUGAAUCUAAUGAUGUUACGUCUCCUUAUGCAUCAUUUUUUUCGACAAAGGUUCAUGAGAGAACCCUUUUCGCAUCAUUAGGUCAAGUUGGUCUUUCAGUUUUGCACAACUUCGGACAAAACAACUUUACCGGAAUUCAGUCAUUGCCAAUAGCAAGUGGCAGGAUGGAGGAAAAGAGUGGUUACACACUUCUUGUUGGAGAGAACAAGCUCACGGGACCAUUUCCCACAUAUUUGUUGAAGAAAUGUGAUGGAUUAGAUGCAUUGCUUUUGAAUGUCAGUUAUAAUAUUCUUACUGGUGAGAUUCCUUCUAAUGUUAGUAGAGCGUGCAGAUCACUGAAGUUUUUGGAUGCAUCUGGAAAUCAGAUUUCAGGACCAAUCCCCUUUACUAUAGGGGAUUCGGUCUCUCUUGUUUCCUUGAACCUCAGUAGAAACCGGUUACAGGGUCAGAUUCCCACCAGCCUCUGCCAGAUGAAAGAUCUGAAGUUUCUCUCUUUAGCUGGUAAUAACUUGAGUGGCUCAAUUCCUGCUAGUCUGGGGAAGUUGUACUCUUUACAAGUCUUGGACCUUUCGACAAACACUCUUACCGGGGAGAUUCCUAAGUUUAUUGAGAACAUGGGAAAUCUGACUGAUGUUUUGCUCAAUAAUAACAAUCUUUCUGGACAUAUUCCNNNUGGUUUGGCAAAUGUCACUACACUCUCUGCAUUCAAUGUGUCUUUCAAUAAUUUAUCUGGAUCCUUACCAUCAAAUAGUAGCUCGAUCAAAUGUAGCAGUGCUGUCGGAAAUCCAUUUCUGAGUUCCUGCCGCGGAAUUUCUCUUACUGUGCCAUCAGCAAAUCAACAAGGGCAGAUUGAUGACAAUUCUUCUAUUACUGCACAAGACACUGGAAAAAAUAGUAAUAAUGGUUUCAGCGCUAUUGAAAUAGCAUCUAUAACUUCUGCCUCAGCCAUUGUUUCUGUUCUUAUAGCUCUUAUUGUUCUGUUUUUCUUCACACGAAAGUGGAAGCCGAAUUCCAGGGUUGGUGGUUCUGCAAAAAGAGAAGUUACAGUGUUUACUGAUAUCGGUGUCCCAUUGACAUUUGAGAAUGUUGUACAAGCAACAGGAAACUUCAAUGCAAGCAACUGUAUUGGGAGUGGAGGAUUUGGGGCAACUUAUAAGGCAGAGAUAUCGCCGAGAAUCUUGGUGGCAGUGAAACGUCUAUCAGUUGGACGUUUCCAAGGUGUUCAACAAUUUCAUGCCGAGAUUAAGACCCUUGGAAGGCUUCAUCAUCCAAACCUUGUCACUCUGAUCGGUUACCAUGCUUGUGAGAUAGAGAUGUUUCUCAUAUACAAUUAUCUUCCGGGCGGUAAUCUUGAAAAGUUCAUCCAGGAGAGAUCCACAAGGGCCGUGGAUUGGAAAAUUCUUCACAAGAUUGCAUUGGACAUAGCGCGUGCACUUUCCUAUUUGCACGAUCAAUGUGUACCCCGUGUUCUUCAUCGCGAUGUCAAGCCUAGCAAUAUCUUGUUGGACGACGAUUUCAAUGCUUAUUUAUCUGACUUUGGACUGGCCAGACUUCUCGGAACCUCAGAAACACACGCUACAACCGGUGUGGCAGGAACAUUUGGGUAUGUUGCUCCGGAAUACGCCAUGACAUGUCGUGUUUCUGACAAGGCUGACGUGUAUAGCUACGGUGUUGUGCUUCUUGAGUUGCUUUCUGAUAAGAAAGCGUUGGACCCUUCAUUUUCUUUAUAUGGAAAUGGUUUCAAUAUAGUAGCAUGGGCAUGCAUGCUACUUAGGGAAGGAAGAGCAAAAGAGUUUUUCACUGCAGGGUUAUGGGAUGCAGGACCAGAAAAUGAUUUGGUUGAGGUUCUUCACUUAGCAGUUGUUUGUACAGUUGAUUCACUAUCAACUAGACCUACAAUGAAACAAGUUGUGAAAAGGCUUAAACAACUUCAACCACCAUCAUGCUAGCCCCUAGUGUGGCUGUGCUCUUUUGAAAUCAUUAUUAAUUCUUAGCAAUAUUUUUCUUCCACUUGUAAUUUGUAACUUGUAAGUUGUGAUUUAUUAGAAUUGGGUCCUUUUUUAUGGACUUGUAUUAGGUUGAGUUCCUCAAUUUGUACUUAGUCAUCCCCGUGUAAAUUUUAAUAUAGUUUUAACCCCAAUUUUCCAUGCAAUUUUCUUGAUUAGUGUAGGAGGCUUAGUGAUGAUUCUGCAGAAGAAUGCAGAUAUUUGAUUUCCAUGCCA